AUGGCUCAUGUUGGCCAUGGAAGAAGCAAACGUGCCUCGUCUCAAGGUCAUAGGCGAAGCUCUUAUAUCCCAAUCCUCGACAUUCUUAGGGAUGCAAACGUCAAAGAGGAAAUGGCCAAGAACUCCAUGCAUGUUGAUUUGGGCCGGGCCUGUAAGAGGCACAUAACGUUGCUCAACAUGUUCAUCAUGCACAGACCCUACUCGGUCCUCGUGAUAUUCCAACGAACUGGGCAUGAAAAAACGGCCUUUCGAGUUCACCUCACUUCUCGGGAAGCCCCGACUCGAUUCUGCAGUUGCUUUUGUCAGGCUGCCAAAUGGGUUGGAAAUUUGGUCGUGCAGGCCCUCGUGGCCCACUUUCUCACCUUCAAGCUGUCUUAUUUUGUGGGAGAAAAUAUCGGCGGCUUUGCCGAGCAGCUCAGACACAGCAGCUCUGUAUUCUUCUGGAUAAUUUCGAAAAUGACCUGUGUGAGUGCAUCUAAACUGGAAGAUAUGCCCUUUGCAAUCCAAGUUGCCAGCCUUGGAGGGCGUGACAUCUUAAGAACAGAUGGGUGGAGAACAAAACGGGUACCUAAGUCGCUGACAAAGUCAACUGGCGUCGAAUCGAAAAUGUGA